AUGGAUGCAGCGCACGCCCAUCCUGAGAGUGAUGCUGUCCGCAUCGAAAUGAAAUCGGUUGUUCACAAACACCUUUCGAUUGAAGUGGAUUCGAAGAGACACGGGCUGUCACACUCCAUCAAGCUCGUCACGAAUCUUGAAUGUGGUCACUUGGCACUGCAGCAACGGCGACAUCCUGCGCACCCGUUCUCUGCCGACGCAUCAGGCAUCAACUUCGACUUUGGGAACAGCCGUCUCGCACUAAACGAGGAGACAACCCGUGCAAUCGACACGAGGGGCAUUCCACCACGACCUAGCGUUGAUCUGGACGGCGAGCUACUGCCGCUGUCGCAUUCUGAUCCACCCAGGGCAAUCGACACGAGGGUCAAUUCACCCCUCAUUAGUACGACCUACAACCUGGCGUUGGUCCACGUUAUCCUAUGCUUUCGUGCGCUGGGUGAUCGGCAACCGCCGUCCUUCUCUGCCGACGAUACGAGGGCAUGUGUGCCGGAGAGAAUACGGCAUCGAGAGCACCGGGGCUAUUCUCAGGCUGCUACUCAAAUGGUGCAGAAACCGCUACCUGUACUGUGGCUGUUCAUGAAGCCCCUCUCCUGGAAGGAGACCAUCGCCCAUUGCUGGCAGGCUCUGGCAACGCGUCUACCGCCGAUACGCGCGCUGCCUUUUGUGGAAUGGCAGCUAUUCCAAGACAUCAAGCACUGGCCGAGGAUGGUGCCCCUCAAUGUUCACGCGCGCCAUUCCCAGCAAGAUCCCACUUUCUUUGUUCACGAUUCACUGGUUGUCAACGAUGUAUCGACAUUUUACACUUCUUUACGUCGGCUGAUCCUUUCCACAUCCCAUGUGCAACCAAUCUAAUGAUCCUAUCAAGAGCCCUUACGCGCUGGCAUUUCUGAGUGGAGGACGAUUGCUUUCUGCUUCGAGGAAGCAGUUCCAAGUGUUUCUGCCCGAGAUUGCUCCUUUCUGAAUGCUGCAGGCACACUCUUUUCCUGCGACAGUGGAAGAUCGUGCUGUCUCGCCUGAACAUGCCCUGGCUCUGAAACAUGUAAGUUUGCGACGAUCACCCAGCAAGUGGCAAAACGUGCGCAAAGAGUCGCGCAACUGGAUCUCUAACAACACAUCCGACACCUCCCAGCUCGGACAGGACGAGCUUUUUGUAUCCUCGGAGGGAAGACAUCCACGCUGACGACCAAACCUGAGCAGCCAAAACACCGCCUACCUGGCGCUUGUUAUUGGAUGGACUCGAGCAACCUUUCGGGUACGAGCUGUCGCUCUCGGGGUUGUAUCCAAGCGUGCCCAGCGAGCUGGAAAGAGCAUACCAAGGCAUUGCGCGCCUGUUUACCGCCGUGUGCAAAUUCGCGUGCUUGAGCUCGCUAUGAACGAAGGACGCUUUGCGCUUUUUGGACCACUGCCCGACUUGGAGAGCGUGACGCGCAUGCCAUGUGCCAAUUUUGAGACGCUAUCCUGGGGCCCAGUUUCUGGAGGGAGCAUCGGGCAAUGCUGUGUAGUCUCGGCUGCGGAUCACCGCCGACACAGCCACGACCCUCAUUGAGUCUGAUCUCAUUUCGUCCUUGACGCCUCCACCCGUGCAUGACACUUCCUCUCCAAUCCCCUGGGUCGAGAUGGUGUGUUCAAAAUUGCCGUACACGGACGACGCGCUCGAGUCCCUCGUCCCGGCGCCCAACUUGGCGUACUCAUGCUAUGCCCGAAUCUCGAGACGCUGGAGGCCCAACUCCAGGAGGAACACACCUGCCUAGGCGUACGGCACGUCCUGUCCGAUAUACCCCGCCGCAUACACACGUAGAUGUCCCCCGUGAUCAGAUACGCGCGAUGAGGGUAGGACAGGUCGGUCGUCCUCGAGAACGAGAUGAUUAGCGUGCAGCUGGGGAGGUAGUUGCAGGCCAUGUCGACCAAGGGCGAUUCAUACCACAGUGGUAAAAGGCUCACGUGCUACUAGCGACCACGCAGUGGCAUCUGGACUCGAGCUCGGCUGUGCUGUUCCACAUGAUGGCGUUGCUGGAGCGGGCGUGGGCGAGCGAGGGGAGCGAGGUGCUCGGUGCGAUUAUCAGUGGUGGAUAGGGAUUCACGGUCGUCGACGAGUUUUGGCGCGGAUUUGUGCGUCGGGCCCACGCUGCUGGAACUCUGCAAGAGUUUACGCGACUACCAUCGAAGGACUCGAAUCACCCCCCAAGGGCGACUCUGCAGGCGGUCCUUUCCCUCUCGAGCCUCUGACAACGGGCGACGACGAGCUCUCAGGCACGUCGACGACAACGGCUGCGCCCCGGAAACCCAAUGAGGUCGGGAUGGGGGUUGAAUUUCAAUCCGCUGUUCUUCGACUUCCCGUUGUCAAGCCCGAGCUCCAGAGCAUGCGGGGCAUUCACGGACUCCUCAAACGGGUGCUCCAUCCUGAUACAUUGCGCAACGGGCUCCCGCACAACUUCGAGCCGUUUUGGAUGAAAAAGAUGGAUCCACGUUCUGCGCCUUUUGAAACUCUCCGCUGUCCGAUCAUUUGUACAGCCAGCGAUCGACUUUGCGGUUCUGUCCUGCCUCCCCACGUCUGAGAAUGUCACUUUUUAUUGAGACCACGCUUCAUUACGACGGAUUCGAGAGCAUGUCUCGCUCUAUGAGCUCGGCCACCCCAGACAGUGGUCAUCAACUGCGGGCGAAUCUAAUUCUCUCGCUCUGCCAGCGCACAGACCCGGCCACCAGUGCCUAGAAUGUUUUUGUCCAUCUACUCCUGUGCACGCGGUGCUUCUAGAUCCCCUGGGAUGUUAUAGGACAUGCUUUUUCGUCCAGAGCACCUGCAGCUGGGGCGAGAUGAUUCUGACAAGUUCAGCUGUCGCGUCGAUUGGCCGUUCAAGUCGAGUCGGACGGUAUGAGGACCCGCAGGAGGAGGAGGAGGAGGAGGAAGAGCGUUGGCUGCGGCAGCGGCAGCGAGAGGAACGGCUUGACAUUCUAGAUGUCGAAGAGAUGCGUCAGAAAAAGCUUCGCGUGCGACGGCGACCGGUCACAAUCUCCUCCCCACCUUCGUCUCUGUAUCAGUGUGGAUCGCCACGGCAUUUGCACCCUACUCCGUUCGGUCGAUCGACUCCUGAGACAGUGGACUAGGAUGUGUCGUCGCUGGCAUCACAAUUUCAGCAGCAGUAACGACAUCAGUGGGCUGGCGGGUGAGCAUUUCGGUUAGCGUUGAACUGUGGGGCUGCGUGAUGUGCGGGCUGGCGGCGGACAAUCUCAGGUUGCCAGAGCAUUGGGAGAUAUACCCGUCGAAGGUCGGGUCGCCGAGGAUGAGCGCAAUCAGGCUCUGGUCGAACAGCUGGCUCUGCCGGGGCGUAUGCUCAUCAGGUUCGCGUCCCGAACCCUCAGCAAAUCGUGCAAGUCGACAACGCCGGUCAGGCUUUCAGUUCGAGGAGGUGUUACUGGCAUGGGAGUUCGACGGCACGCCGCUUCGCAACUCGCACAGCUUCACGCCGCACAUCAUCGGCACGGAGCACAUCGGUGCACGCAGCUGCAAGUGGGUCAACCGCAUCAACCCGCUGUCUGAGCCGAGCAUCGGACUCGGGCCUGUGCAGUGCAGGAGUAUCUGUGCUACGCGCAGCAGAGCCAGAAGCAAAACACGCGCUUGUCAAAUGGGUUCACGAUCCAGCAGAGCCUGUCUCGCAUGUCCUGUCGUGGGAGGACACUUAACUGCUACGUUGCAGGAGCGCUAUUACGGCGUCGAGGGAAGUUAUCGUGCACAGCGGGAAGAUAUCGCUUCAGGGCUGGGCGUAUUCCAGAGGUAGGAACUGGGUCGAGCGUGUCGAGGUCUCGUCGAAUGGGUGGGAUUGUGUCCCAAUCCAGCUCCAUGGUGCUCACCUGGCGGAGUGGGGGACCCGGGGCAAGCCGUAAACCCGGCCGCUCGAGCUUACACUGGAAACGACCGAGGUCCAUCUUGCAGCGUUCACGAAAUAUUGUCAGAAGCCGCUGUCACUGCGGGGGGACUUAUUUUUUUUCUGUGGAAAAUGCGUGACAAUCUAGAAGUCCGAUUUUCACCGUUAUGUUUUCAGACAAAAA